AAGAAGAUGAGCUGCAGUAGAGGAGGAUCUUUGCUCACAUCUCGCUAGUCAUCGGCACAUAAAAUACUUCGGAUCCAGUUUUAACGAAUAUUAGGUUUGAUUGACAAAAGCUUGUGUGUUUUGUGUAUUUCAGCUCAGAUUUGUGAGGAUGCAGACGGAGCUGUGCAGCACGUCUGACGGAAGAACCUCGAGCUCGGUGGAACACGUCGCUCCUGUGGUCCAGAGGAACAGAGAAUUCUGGAGGAAAACUCCGAAAGAGGAAGAAACUGAUGACGACGAUGAUGAUGAUGAUGAUGACUUCUAUGGCGGGACAUCGAGCUCGGUAGAAGACGUCUCUCCUGAGGACCAAAUGGAACAGAACGAAGGAUUCCCGAUCGUUCUGAAAGAAAAGCCAAAACAUGACGACUAUCUCUAUUGUGAGGAUUGCAGAUCUUUCUUCAUCAACAAGUGUGAGGUUCACGGUCCGGCUCUCUUCAUCCCUGAUGUUCCAGUUCCAUUGGGGGUCACUGACCGAGCCAGACAAACCCUUCCUCUGGGUCUUGAGAUUCGGAAGUCUGGUAUUCCCAAUGCAGGCCUGGGAGUGUUUAACAACAGCGGCGUGAUUCCAGUUGGUGCUCACUUCGGGCCCUACCAGGGAGACACGGUAGAGCGAGAGGAAGCCAUGAACAGUGCCUACUCCUGGGUGAUAUAUGAAAGCAGGCAGCAUGAAAAAUAUAUAGAUGCCACAUCAGAGGUGCAGUCUAACUGGAUGAGGUAUGUGAAUUGCGCUCGUAAUGAUGAAGAGCAGAAUCUGGUGGCGUUUCAGUACCGAGGUGGGAUUCUGUACCGCUGCUGUCGACCCAUCGAGCCAGGACAGGAGCUCUCGGUGUGGUAUGAGGAGGAGUAUGCCAGAUAUGCCGGCAUCACUUUUGACUACCUCUGGAACAAAAAAUGCUCUGCAAAUAAUCUCUGCUCACAUCUCUGCCUGUUUGCACAAUAUCCAGAGCUGGAUGGACAACAAUCACCUGCAGCUCAACCCAGGCAAGGCAGAGGUGACCUACAUUCAUGCUCCAUCCUCUCCACCCCUGGACAUCGUCAUCUACCUGGGGGACGUCUCUAGGUCACCUUUGCAAAGAACCUAGGGGUUGUGUUUGACACACUUCUCAUCAGCGACCAUUUUUGCAGUGACCCAACAUCUAAAGGAUCUGCACUUUCCUCACCACUCACUCUACCCAGCUCCUGGUCCAAGCACUGAUCUUCUCCUGCUUGGACUACUGCAACUCUCUCCUUACUGGCCCUCCAGCAUCUGUUGUCAGAACACUGCAGCUUGCCGGAUCUACAACCUCCUUCAUUCUUCCCUUGUCACCCCUCUGCUCGCUGAGCUGCACUGGCUACCUAUUGCAGCUCACAUCGAAUUUAAGACAUUGGUGCUAGCUUAGCAGGCUGUCAAGGGGUUAGGGCCAGCAUACCUCCAGAGUCUGAUCUGCCCCUAUGCUCUGCUACUACUGGUCACCUGGCCCCUCCUCCUCUCUGCUCCUGCCCACUCAAGACUGCUGUCUGUCCUGGUUCCCCAUUGGUGGAAUGACCUUCCCACUGUGGUCAGAACUGCUGACUCCCUGACCACCUUCAAGCACAGACUGAAGACUCACCUCUUCAGGCUGCACCUCUCUCCUGCUUCCCUGCUCACUGUGUAACUGUGUAUCGGUCUAGACCAACCCAGGCUGAUGUCUAGCCUGGGCUUAGCAGUUGGAGUUGUUUUUUCUUUGUCAGUUCAUUUGUAUGGUUGGUUUGCUUUCUUGAUUGUUGAGUAUUGGUACUUCAACAGAAUAUUACACCAAGUACAACCCCAAUUCCAAAAAAGUUGGGACACUUUUUGUAAACUGUAAAUAAAAACAAUGUGAUAAUUUGCACAUCAUGGAAACCCUAUCUUUCAUUGAAAAUAGUACAAAGACAACAUAUCAAAUGUUGAAACAAAUAAUAUAUUUUUCAAAAAACAAUACAAUUUAUGCUCAUUUUGAAUUUGAUGUCAGCAGCACAUUUCAGAAAAGUUGGGACGGGCAUGUUUACCACUGUGUUGCAUCACCUCUGCUUUUAACAGACACUCUGUAAAUGUUUGGGAACUGAGGAGACCAAUUGCUGUAGUUUUGAAAGAGAAAUGUUGUCCCAUUCUUGUCUGAUAUACAAUUUCAGUCACUCAACAGUUUGAGGACUCCUUUGCCAUAUUUUUUGCUUUGUAAUGCACCAGAUGUUUUAAAUGGGAGACAGGUCUGGGCUGCAACAGGCCAGUUUAGCACCUGGACUCUUAUUAAAACUGCAUGGCUCUAGAGUAUGUGCAGAAAGUGGUUUGGCGUUGUCUUGCUGAAAGAUGGAAGACCUUCCCUGAAAAAGAUUUUGUCUGGAUGGCAGCAUAUUGCUCUGAAACGUGUUUAUAUCAUUCAGCAUUCAAAACUUCUUGUAUAUGACUUUUGCAUUUAUGUCACUCUGGAUAAGAGCAUCUGUUAAAUGCCUGGAAUGUGAUGUAAUGCAGCUGCUAAUUUCAUGCAACACAACUGUACAAGAACAUGCUUUACUACAGUAUUUUGAGUAAUGCUCUUUAUUCAGUUAUAAAAAAAAAUGUUAAGUAUGUAUUACUUAAAUUAGUAUCCUCUUUAGACUGCUUAGACAAUCUUUUGGACUGGUUCUGUUAUACAUUUCUUCAUUUUGUUGCAUUUUUAACUCAGGUUUUUUUUUUCU